UCGACUCUCGUCCAUGCAGCACAAGGAAAGCCAAAAGGAUAAAUGACUUUAUGUAAGACAGGAGGCUUCUUCUGCGACUCAUGUAGAAUCCAGAGCGUCAUCGUGGUUUUUGCGGAGAGGCAUUUUGGUGCAGGAGACCCAGAGGAUAAUACAACUGUACUGCUUGCAUUUGCACAAAAGGAGCGCGUCUGGCUGGAUUCAAGCUGCAGUCCACACCAGCUGCAGUGGCACAACUGAGAGAGAAUGCAUGUAUGAUGAGCACUGCUUUUGCCCUAAACUCUGCAUACUUCACAGCCACAAGUGGAGUGUUUUUGCCACCACUUCAACAACUACAAUGAGACAACGUGGCGCAGGGGCUGCAUGAGUAGCAGUGGAAAUGUUGCCUGUGGGUUAGAAGUGCAGUGAGGCAGCGGGACAGUGACUUCAGAGGAGAGAACCUGCACGCGAGUGAAUGUCGCCUCUGAUGUGGAGCUUGUCGCUGUCCGACGCGCGCGUGGUGCUGAAAUUUGGAUGAUGCCUGCCCUGCGAUUGCAAGGCUGCCGCUCCCUGCACCUCAACGAGGACAACGGCCGCUUCGUGCUGCUCGCCCUCCUCAUCAUCCUGUACCUGCUGUGCGGCGCUGCGGUCUUCUCGGCCAUAGAGAGGCCCUCGGAGCUACGGGCUCACGGCCGCUGGAACGGGACGCUCCACAACUUCAGUGAGACGUUCAACAUCAGCCUGCAGGACCUCAACUCCUUCCUGCGGGAGUACGAGGCUGCCAUCGCCGCUGGGAUCCGGGCUGAUGCCCUGAGGCCACGAUGGGAUUUUACAGGGGCUUUUUAUUUUGUUGGAACUGUUGUGUCGACUAUAGGUUUUGGGAUGACGACACCUGUGACCGUUGCAGGCAAAGUGUUCCUGAUCUUUUAUGGGCUUGUGGGCUGCGCCGCCACCAUCCUCUUCUUUAACCUUUUCCUGGAGCGCAUCAUCACACUGCUGGCUGUGGUGAUGAAGGCUGUGAGGGAGCGAAGAAUCCGGAACAGUGGUCUGCUUCCUCCAGGAAUCCGCCAUGACUUCUCGGCCUACUCCAUCCCUGGCUGGAAGCCCUCUGUGUACCAUGUGAUGCUGAUUCUUGGCCUGUCAGCCAUCACUAUCUCCUGCUGUGCGUCGGCCAUGUACACCCCUGUGGAAGGGUGGGCAUAUUUGGAUUCCCUCUACUUCUGCUUCGUCACCUUCAGCACCAUCGGCUUUGGGGACUUUGUCAGCAGUCAGAGCGCAGAUUAUGAAUACCAAAGCCUGUACAGGGUGGCCAACUUCUUCUUCAUGCUUAUGGGUGUGUGCUGCAUCUACUCGCUCUUCAACGUCAUCUCCAUUGUCAUCAAGCAGGUGCUCAACUGGAUCCUGGAGAAAAUGAGCUGCUUGUUUUGCCAGCGUUGCAAUAAAGCCCACACCUUCCUGGGCCGACGCAAUGCCAUCCGACCGGGCUCCAAGGGGCGCCAGAGUCGAAUUGGCCACCCGCCCGACUCUGAAGGACCUUGUGAUAGUGACACUGAGGGACGCAGACUAUCAGGGGAGAUGAUCUCUAUGAAAGACCUGGCAGCAUCUAACAAAGUGUCACUGGCCAUCAUGCAGAAGCAGCUGUCUGAAUCAGCUAAUGGAUACCCCAGAACUGUGUGUGGCAGCUCACGCCACAAUGGUUUCUCUGGGGGUGUCGGUGCUCUCGGUAUCAUGAACAACAGGCUGGCUGAGACAAGUAACUCCAGGUAGAGCACAGAGGAGAUAAUGUACAACCCUGAGGCUGAGGAACAUUAAAAAAAGGCUUUGGAAAUGGAUCAUCAGUGUAACUUGUUAUGCAUGAUACAUAUAAUUUUUGGGAUACUUUUGCAUACAGGCAGUGGUGGUGGUCUCGGCGAUGAUGGCAUGAAGAGAGAAGCUAAUCUGGAAACACGGGGACCACCCCUCACCAAAUUCACUGUCCCACAAACCCGAACCAGAACAAAUCGCUGAAUUGAUCUUAAAUAUCAGUGUAAGUCGAACGUUCUACUGUAAAGGAGCCAAGGGAAGUACACAGUGCAAUCUCGAUUAUUUGGAAAACUUGCCAGUUUAUUUGAAUGUACAUAUUUAUUACUGAUAUAAAUGGUGUAUCCACUGAAUGAUAUAGCACAUAUUGAUCUAUGCAUUAUACUUCUCAUGCAUUUUUUGCACCAUUUCUAGACGCUUUAUUGAUUGUGCAAUCCCGACUCUCUCUUGACAUGGGUCCAGUUUUACCCGCAGGUGAGUAGUUUGAUUUGUGGGGCAAACGUGGCAAGAAGAGUUUCCAAACAUGUCCGUGAUGCACCUGAUUGCGUCAGAGUUGUUGUGAGGGGAGGGUUUUAAAGAGAGUAAGGAGCCACAAAAAAGUAGUUCCCCAUUGUUUAAGACGGAGAAGAAGAGCAGAGCUGAAUAAUUAAAUCCAUUUCUCAUGAGGCAGGAACUGGCCUUCUUAUCAGCUCCAAACAUGCUUUAGCGGCCCAGGACUACUUGAAAGGUAAAAAAGAAAGCCCCUUCCAGCUGAUUCCCUCUUUUUAUUUCAAGCUCACAGCUAUCUGCGAGGAAGCAAAUGAUAAAGGCUUGCGAGGUAUUAAUUACUCGUUGAAUGCAGACUGAAGACUCAGUGUUGUUGUUUGGUUUUGGUUGAAGAGAAAUUUGAGGGAGUGGAUGGAUACAAAAAUAUGAAUGGUUUCAUCCCAUGAGCACAUAAUGUUAAAUAAUGCAGACCAAAUGUAGCUGGGUCAGUCUCAGACUUGUGAGCAAAAACAUGUAGACUCGACAUGAAAAUGGAUGCAGUCUUUCUCUUGUUUCUGAAGCCUCAAGAUUUGCAAAUUUUCCGGUGGCUUGACCAACUUCGAAACU